UCAGAGACGGGCAGUGACUAAUCAUGCUUUGUGUUGUAAGCAAGUGUCCGUGUAGAAUCGCUAACAAAAUCGAAUAAUUCACUCAGGCUGCCGCUUCAGGAUGAAGACCUUAGUAGUGUUCGACUUUGACCACACUAUAGUGGAUGACAACAGCGACACAUGGGUGAUCCGCUGCACUCCCGACCAGACGUUACCGGACUGGAUGGAGAAGUCCUACGAGAGAGGCCGAUGGACCGAGUACAUGGGUCGAGUCUUGACCUACAUCGGGGACCAGUCCGUGAGCCCGGAGCACAUGCGCGCGGUCAUGGAGAGCAUCCCGCUCACCGAGGGCAUGCUCGAGCUCCUGACCUUCAUAUCCGAGAACAAGAGCGACAUCGACUGUAUUAUAAUUUCCGACUCGAAUACUGUCUUCAUAGACUGGGUUUUGCAUGCAUCAGGGUUGAAGUCGGCUAUAGAUGACGUCUUCACCAACCCUGCAAACAUCGAUGCGCGCGGCUACAUGAGCGUGCGCUGCUUCCACGCGCAUGACUGUACACAGUGUCCUAUAAACCUGUGCAAGAGGAAAGUGCUGCAUGAUUUCAGAGAGAAUCAAGCUAAAGCUGGUGUGCAUUAUGAGAGGAUUUGCUAUAUAGGAGAUGGAGGAAAUGACUUUUGCCCCAUUCAAGAAUUGAGAGAAGGGGAUAUCGCGAUGCCUAGGAAAGGAUUCACCCUAGAGAAACUGUUGUGCAAAGCCAUUUCAGAGAGUCCAGAAGCUCUCAGUGCGAAAAUCAUGCCCUGGACCAGUGGCAAUGAAAUCCUCCGGGAAUUACGAGCUCUAAUUGAGUAAUACAGUAUUAUAUGAGAUAAUGAUAGACUUACUGAACCAAUAGAAUAUCAAUAUGUUUAUUCUGCAGUAAAUGCAUCAUGUGCAUGAACUAUUAUUAGGCUAUAGAUAAUUUACACACA